AUGUUAGUGGUCUUUGCAAUUGUGAAAGCGCAAUCUACACAAUUGGACCCUGGACCACAAACAUUUACUGAAAAUACACAAGCAAAUCAAAAACUUCAAAAGAGAGAUGUUAUCAUUUAUCUAACACCUGAACAAAUUAAGGCCAUACAAGGGGAGAAUGGUAACGUUAAUUCUCAGCAAAUCGAACAGACUGAAACUUCUGAAGAAAAUCAGGAAGAAAGAGAGCAGGCUCAACAAGAACAAGAGGAACUGUUUCAGUUAAGGUCUCUUGAAGAAGACUCUGAGGCAUUGGAGGAGGAAGACAAUGGGCUUCCAAAAUCGAUACCGGUGGAAGAACCCAACUCUGAAGAAAUUGAACAAAAUCCUCAAUUAUCAUAUGUAUACAGAUCACCUCAAGACACGAACUUUGUACCAACUUCUGAAGAUAAUUACGCUUACCUAAGAUUUUAUCCCGAUCCUGAAGAACAAACUGAAGAAGAUCAACCUGAAACAGAAGAAAGCGAAGAAGAGACAGAAGACGAUCAGCGAGAAGCAGAACCAGAGGCUCAGUCAGAAGCUCAGCCAGAAGCUCCACAACAGCAAGUAUUUAGGUUGGUACCUUAUGAAACCGCUACCGAGAAAAGCAUCUCCACAACCACAAAGGCGCCGCAAGAAAACCUUCUUAAAGACCGCUGGCUUCGUUUAUUAGAAAUAAAUCGUUCACAGUUAAGAAAAGCAUCGUCUGCACAAGAAAAAACGACUACUACUACAGAGCAAUUGCAAGCUGAACCUGAGACUACUUUAUCUAAGCUGCGACUUUUGGCAAGAAAUUAUAAUCAAAAACAAGCAGCUAAAAACCAAGAUGUACGCAGAAAAAAUUUAUUAGAAAAUCAAAAAGCUCUUAUUCAAGCCGAAGCCCGUGCUAGAAACGCUCCUACUCAAAGCCGUAAAAAAGUCUCAACUACAAAACAGAACCAGGCACCAUUAAUUAAACGCGUAAAAGUUCCUACGCCCGUUUUAGUGCCAAUUCCAGAGCCGUUUGAAGUAAAAGUUCCACAUCCCUUCCCUGUACCAUUUGAGAUUUUCAAGCAAAGUUCUGGAAACUUAAAACUUAGGAAGGCGGAAGCGAAGAAAAUUGCUACAUCAGACCGAUCUGAAAGUGACAAACGUGCUACGUCUGCUCAGAGACCAUCAAAUCCUACUGAAAAGACAGCUGAAGUAGAGCGCCGUAGACCCGCCGAUGACGACGUAGAAAUCCCCUCAAGAAAAAAGGAAAGAUUAACCAUUAUUCGACAUGUUUGGGAAAAAUAA